AUGGGUUCUAAACAUCAUCCCGAUUUAGUAAUGUGUCGAAAACAGCCAGGAAUAGCAAUUGGAAGACUAUGUGAAAAGUGCGAUGGAAAGUGUCCAAUUUGUGAUUCUUACGUAAGACCGAACCUUCUGGUUCGAAUAUGCGACGAAUGUAAUUAUGGAAUUAACCAGGGAAGAUGCGUAAUCUGCGGUGGCCCUGGAAUCUCAGAUGCAUACUAUUGUAAAGGAUGUUGCCAAUGUGAAAAGGAUAGAGACGGCUGCCCUAAGAUUAUUAAUCUAGGAAGCGCAAAAACAGACUUAUUUUACGAAAAAAAGAAAUAUGGACAGACGAAACAGUUUAUUUAG